AUGUGGUUCUGGCCUUCUCGGACUGUCCAAUGCUUCUACUGCAACACUUCACUCGAGCUCGUACCGCCACACCCGGCUUCGUCGAGUCGGAAGGGCAAGGGUCGCGCGGUUGAAGGACGAGGGGGUGCGGUUGCGGUUGGAUCGCGGGACGACUUCUGGUGUAACGUGUGCGGGCAGAUGACUCGCAGAGAUGAGAACGGCGAAAUCGUCUCGGACGAUGCAGCAUUCUACGAUUCGUCCUUGAAUGACGAGGCCUUUGCGAAACGAGGCUCUCCCAGCCGCACCCGACUCCCCUCUUCCUUCCCAACAGCCCAAACAACCCCCUUCUGCCGGCAAUGCCUGAACAACCAAUCCCUCCAACUACACCUCCUCGCCUCCUACCCCUCCUCGGACGACGAACAAGACCCCUCUGACCCUUUCCCACCUCUUGACGAGUACCGCCGGUCGCUCGAUGCGCGUUAUCCGCUUGUUUGCGCCAGCUGUGCGCCGAGCGUGGAGGGCGUAAUUAGGGAGCGGGAUUAUAGAGUCAAGACGCAGGCUUUGGGCGCGAGGUUGAGGGAGAGUCAGUUGAGGAGGGAGAGGGAGGAGAGGCUCAGUAGGCAGGUCCGGCGGAGAGACGGCUUCAAGUGGACGGCAGAGGAGUGGGCUUGGCGAGCGCGAGGAGCGGCGUGGGCUUUGACGCAUGGGACGACCGUCGUGGGAUGCUGGUGCGGCCUUUGGCGAGACGUUGCUAUCGCGCCUUCGCAACCGCUGCAUCUUGACGUCGCCGCCCAAUCCAGCACUCUGCUCCUCGUCGCGGUCGUCUCGCUUCUCUGGUCCUGCUGGGACCCGACCUGGUCGACUCUUCGGAGAGAGCGUGCGCGGGGACGGAAUCCGAUUGUCACUGGAAGAGCGCCGUACAUCGCUGUUCAACUGGCCGCCUACGUCUUCCGGAUAGGCAUCCUUUCCGCACUGCGGUUUCUCGACAAUCGCCGGCCAGCACUCCUGCUACUGCUCGCUUUGAUAUCGAUCAUCGCCCUCAUCUCCGCAUUCUACUGUCCUUCCCUUCGCCACCCUCCUCCCAUCCGCCUCUCUCGCUCUUCCGGCACCGCAACAUCUACCUCUUCCCUAUCUACCCGACCUGCCGAUCCUCUCGAACCUCUAGCCCACCUCUCGCUCUCCCGCAAAGGAAGCCUUCUCGCUCCGAGUCCGCCCACUACGCCUACCGGUACACGUAGCCCCGUCGAUGGCGAAUUAGUCUCGAUUGGCAGCGCGGCCAGCCUGCGGAACCGGAAGAGCAGUGGGCAAACGAACGGGAUUCGUCCGCGUGUACCGUCGUUUAGCCUGCGACCAUGGCGAACAGGCUCGAUGGCUGUGGCGCAAGCUAUGGAGGUCGAUGCUGCCGGUUCGGCGGCAACAGGCGACGACGCGGACGGCCCCAACGAGAACAGCAUGGACUGGACCGCUACGCCUCCUCCUGCCUCGAUUCCCUUUCCCUCCACUUCGUCACGUCCAGCUUCACCUUUCAGCACGCCGAUACCAACCGCGAACGGCGGCAAUCACGUCAACUUUGCUCGACAGCGGUUCGUCCCGCCCGACUUGCGCAAGCCGACUGGUCUCGAGGGGAUGUUUGAGAGGGUUGCGGUGAAGGAGGAAGAUGAGCAGAGCGCGCAAGCGGGGAAGGACGUCGAGAUGAAAGAUGCAGGCGGCGGGAGUAGAUGGCUGAGUGGAUGGCUCGGGCGCUAA